AUGAACAAUUUGUGGGAUCAAAUUCGACGGUCUCAGGAUGAGGAUGAUGAAGAGAUGAUGGCCACCAAUGCCAUUGUCAUGGCUGCAGUCGCUCAAGAAUCUGGAAACCAACACCGAGGGCGCGGUUCUCAUCCGGGUCGUGCACCAAAUGAGGAACGAUUUAGAGAAGAAAGGGGCAAAGAUGCUACUGGCAAAGUCGGACUGCUUCCGGAGCAGAAGAUGACAGCUGCCUUGCGAAUGCUUGCGUACGGUGCAGGGGCAGAUCAAUGUGCUGAGUAUUGUAGGAUGGCGAAAUCCACCUCCGUUGCAGCACUUCAGCACUUCACACGAGGAAUUGUUGAUCUUUACUCAACAAAAUACCUCCGCGCUCCAACUGCAGCCGACCUCAGACAACUUCUUACCAAAGCUGAGAGGAGAGGUUUUCCAGGAAUGAUUGGGAGCAUCGACUUCGCAUCUUACGACACCUGGAUUUGGCACGCAUUCUUUGGAGUGCCUGGGGCAUGCAACGACCUGAACGUCUUGGCAAAGUCUCCAUUGUUUGAUGACCUUACCGCCGGUAGAGCACCUCUUGUCCAAUUCCAAGUUAACAACAGAGCUCACAAUCUAGGGUACUAUCUCGCCGACGGUAUUUAUCCUCGAUGGGCGACUUUCUUGAAAACUGUUCGAAAUCCUACACGCCCCAAGGAAAUCAAGUUUGCAAAGGCUCAAGAGGGGUAUAGGAAGGAUGUAGAAAGAUGUUUUGGUAUAUUACAGUCACGAUUUGGUAUUAUUCGAGGAGCUGCUCGUGGGUGGCAUAAAGAGGACCUUCGAUACAUUAUGUUGACGUGUAUUAUAUUACACAACAUGAUUGUCGAAAAUCAACGACCUGAAGAUAGCGAUGAUGAGUUGGAGUCCGAUGAUGAGGAGGAUAAUAAUAUGAGGCCCAGGAUUGCUGAGGUAUGGGAGGGACCAACCGAUAGAGACUUUGAUCCUGUUGGUAGAGAUGCUCAUCAUAUGAACGGAUUCAUGGACCGCUACCAACAAAUUAGAUCUAAGCAGUGUCACUCCAACCUUCAGGAAGACCUCAUUCAACACUUUUGGGAAUUUCAAGGCAAUAGGCGUAUCUAG